AGGAGAGGGACGCGCGGGUCCCGCCAGCCAGAGCGCGCAGCUCCCUUGCCUGCAGCCGGGGCUUCCCCUGCGUCCUUGUCUGGUGCUGGCCGAGCAGGCCUGGCAGAGGGCGCUGCCCCUCCCUGGGAGCCGCUGGAGGAGGAUGCGCUCAGAGCCGCGCCAUGGGGAGCUCGGUGAGGAAGGGCAAAGCGGUGCUGCCGGCAGAACAGGCUGCCCGCCCCAGCAGGGAGCAGCCCCACCGAGCAGCAACAGAAGAUUAUCACCAUGAAGCUCAGAAUGCAAACAAUGGACAAGCCAUUACAGCUUCCUGCAAAAAUAAAGAUACAGACCUGCAGUUUAAAAUACAGGCCUACAUAGAUAAAAACACUGUUAUGAUCUUCAGUAACACAGCGUGCAGUCUCUCUGCUAAGGUGAAGGAGCUGUUCAAAUCCAUGAGUGUUCCCUACUGUUCACUUGAACUAGACCAGACAGAGGAUGGGCAGAAGCUGCAAGACGUACUGUAUGAACUAACCAUGGAAACUUCAGUACCAAUUGUAUUUGUGCAACAGAAGCAAAUAGGAGAUUAUGACAAAACUUUAAAGGCACAUAAGGAAGGAAAGAUUCAAAAACUACUUGAAACAAAGGGAGAUGAUCACGUGCAGGAUUCCUAUGACUAUGAUCUCAUUGUCAUUGGAGGGGGUUCUGGAGGUCUGGCUGCUUCCAAGGAGGCUGCCAAGUAUGGCAAGAAAGUGCUGGUGCUGGACUACGUUACUCCUACUCCUCAGGGAACUAGAUGGGGUCUUGGAGGGACAUGUGUAAAUGUGGGUUGUAUACCUAAAAAACUGAUGCACCAGGCAGCUUUGCUAGGACAAGCCUUACAAGAUUCACGCAAGUUUGGAUGGCAGUUUGAGGAGAAAGCAGUCAAACACAGCUGGGAGACGAUGACAGAAGCUGUUCAGAAUUACAUUGGCUCUCUCAACUGGGGCUACAGAGUGUCUUUGAGAGAGAAGAAGGUCACAUAUGAGAAUGCUUUUGGAGAAUUUGUUGGGCCGCACACAAUUAAGGCAACAAAUAACAAAGGAAAAGAGAAAUUUUACACAGCAGAGAAAUUUCUGAUUGCCACUGGUGAAAGGCCGCGCUACCUGGGUGUCCCUGGAGACAAGGAAUACUGCAUUAGCAGUGAUGAUCUCUUCUCUCUGCCUUAUUGUCCAGGGAAGACCCUGGUGGUCGGAGCUUCCUACGUUGCCCUUGAAUGUGCUGGAUUUCUUGCAGGUCUUGGUUUGGAUGUAACUGUAAUGGUACGAUCCAUCCUUUUAAGAGGAUUUGAUCAGGAAAUGGCAAACAAAAUUGGGGAACAUAUGGAAGAACAUGGAGUCAAGUUUAUUAAAGAGUUUGUGCCAACUAAGGUCGAACGGAUUGAGGAAGGAACUCCUGGCAAAUUGAAAGUCAUAGCCCAGUCCACAGACGGCAGGGAAAUAAUUGAAGGGGAAUACAACACUGUGUUGUUAGCAGUAGGAAGGGAUGCAUGCACAAGAACAAUCGGUUUAGACAAAGUCGGAGUGAAGAUCAAUGAAAGAUCAGGAAAAAUUCCUGUCAGUGAUGAGGAACAAACUAAUGUGCCUUAUAUUUAUGCCAUUGGAGAUGUGUUGGAGGGCAAGCUGGAGCUCACACCAGUGGCAAUCCAAGCAGGUAGAUUGUUGGCUCGAAGGCUUUAUGCUGGAGAAACCUUAAAGUGCGACUAUGUGAAUGUUCCAACCACAGUGUUCACUCCACUGGAAUACGGAGCCUGUGGAUUCUCAGAAGAGACAGCGUUGGAGAAGUUUGGGGAGGAAAAUAUUGAGGUUUACCAUAGUUAUUUCUGGCCACUGGAGUGGACUGUCCCAUCUAGAGACAACAACAAAUGCUAUGCAAAGAUAAUCUGCAAUAUUCAAGAUAAUGAUCGAGUUAUCGGUUUCCAUGUGCUUGGUCCAAAUGCUGGAGAAGUUACCCAGGGUUUUUCAGCAGCCAUCAAAUGUGGACUGACAAAAGCGCAGUUGGACAACACAAUAGGAAUUCAUCCAGUUUGUGCAGAGAUAUUCACCACGCUGUCAGUGACUAAGCGUUCUGGUGGAAAUAUCCUUCAGUCUGGCUGCUGAGGUUAAUCACCCCCAUUGUUGUUGCGUUUGCCAGAGACUGACUUUCAUCACCACGGCUGACUUGUGCAAGGCAGAAGAAGACAUUUCCAAACAAGCUGUCCUCAUCAUCCUCGGCAGCAGUGGGCACCCCCUUGACCAAAGCAUUCACUUAACUGAAUGGGAAAAGCACAUUGGGAUUUGUUAGUCACUCGUGAUGAUUGGAUGGCAAUCGACAAAACAGUGGGAGUAUUUAACAUCAAGCUGCUGCAUGGCAAGGCAUCUACAGGAUGCUUCCAUGAUGUCGCAGCCUAAACCCAGUAUUUUCUGGUAGGCAGCGAUGGAAGAACUGCUGGCACAGUUUGAGAAUAACCCUUUUCUCCUAAAUGAAGAGCUUCCUAACUUAAAUGUGUAACCACAAGUAUUGAUAGUUCUAUGGUAUCUCCAUGUACUGCAUUAUAAAACAGUAUGAUGGUGACUCUUCCUCAGUGAGCCUGCAUAUCAUCAGAUCACAGUAAUGCAGCAGGUAAAGUAUGAGUAUAGAGGGGUGAUCUUAUCUCAUGUUUCAUUCUGAGUCGCAAAAUAGCCUGUCACGUACUUUUAGCCAUAAUUAGCAAUAUCCAGCAUAGCAAGUCUUUUUUGGCUUCCAAAAAUCCUAAAACCAAAAUUAAUCCCUCAUAGUUUCUUAUUCUAGAGAUGAAUACUUGUUACCACGGUUGCCCCUUGUACUAGCCUCUGAGAAAGGAAAAUGUUUAUCUUGAAUAGGCCUUGUCUACAUGGGAAAGCUUUUUUUGUGCGUGGUGGUGGGGAGAUCUUUAGUUUUUUGGCAUAAACUGCCUUCCAUCCAGACUGAAAUGAUCUUUUGGGGCAUUAUCUUGCAUCUUAUCCUUCUGUAAUUAACCCACUUUGGAAGUGACAUAAUUCUGUUUUGGAAUGUGUUAUACCGCUGUAAGAUUGGUGUGAACAUAUCCCCAUUUUGAAAUAGCUAUAUCGCAUCAGGUAGUCCUCUCACUGCUAUCAGACACUGCAUUACUUCAUAUCUGGAUUGGCUUGUCCGGUUACGUGUGCACUCUCCACUAGAGCUGGGACCAAAACUUCUUUUUUGUCCAAAAAAUGCAUUUUGCUAAUUCAUGUUGAAUUUGCUGAAUUGUUUUGGUCGGGAGCAAAAAAAAUUCUAAAAUAAUCAAAACACUUUGUUUCAACAUUUUCUGAAUGAGAUGUUUCCAUUUUUUUUAUUCAAAAUUAUUUUGCAUUUUGAAUUUUACCUCAAAAUUAUUUUAAAAUGUUGGGGAAAAAAAACCCAGACCACAUCCUCAAACAAAACGUUUAAUUCAACCUAAAACAAUUUCCCUCCUGACUUUACGGUUCAGCCACCAAACUAAAAAAUCACUUAUUUGCACAGCCCUAUCCUCCACCGUAUCCGGUAUUUAAAGUCUAUGUGCUUGGUGAGGGAAUGGAGGGGUGACAUGGUGGUCUAAGAGAUUGCGGACCUGGGGGGAAAAAAGAAAAAGUUUUAAAAACCAAGCUAGGUUGCUGAGGGGCACACCCAAGCACCGUUUUACCAAAGCUGCUGCUCCCAGAUUAUGAUGGACCGCUGCCCCACACACACUUUUUUCAGACCAAUUUAAGCGCCAACUGCAUCUUGAUUGGACAUCCCUAUCUCUGUUUAAAUAAUGGCAGACACACAAGUGCACCUGUGUAUCUCCAGUUCGAGGCAAGUUCACAGACCCUGAGUCCAUUGCACCCUCAUGUGGUUGCAUCAGGAAAUUGAGGAAUCCCUGGUCUUCCAGGGAGAAGAGUACAUUCAAUCUCAUCUUUUCAGGAGUCACUAGAAUGCCAAGAUUUACCAGCAGCUAGCAGAGCAAAUGCAGGAGAAAGGGGUAUUCCCAGGACAGGGGCCAGUGUGGCACCAAAACCAAGGAGCAGUGGUAGAAUUACAAAAACAAAGAUCUCAGUUAAUGCUCCCAGCACAUGUGCAUGCUAUGAGGAGCUGGAGUGAAGUAACUGCCUAGUUUUAGCCUCUUGCUCUAGCAGCAUCCGUGUGCUGUCACAAAGGUGGUGAUCUUCCAUCUCCUCCAACAUCACCUGCCUAAGCAGUUAACAUAUAUGGAGCACCCUGUUUGUAUUAAUGAUGGUCAGGAUUGCUGUACUCAGCAGUGCUUCAUCCAUGCUGCCUGACAGCAGUUUGAAAACUCGUUUGAAACUGAAACAGUUUGAAAAUGGUGUUGACUAGUGGAAAACCAGCCAAUUAUGGGUUACAGUGGAAGGAAUCAAGGGAGUUUGACCCCAUGUUCCAGUAGAUUCCAGUUGAUAUCCCACAAUCCAAAACAAUAAACAACCUACAGUAUAUUGAGCACUGUACCCUGGGACACCUGCCCAGACAGCUUGUGUGCUUAUUUCAAAAAACACAGUACUGCGUGGGCAUUGUGAUUCACAAAGGAAAUUGCUUAAGCCAUUUUAGACAAAGCAGUGUGAAUGCACUCUUUCAAGUUAACUAUAUUUGUAUAGUUGAGUAAAUAAAAAGAAAAAACAAACCCUGUCAAUCUUUCCUGUGUAGACAACACCUAAAACUGUCCUAAUUUCCAUAUGUGCAUUGUUUAUAUCCGAUUAAGAAAAUUAUAUUUUUAAAACAGACUAUUUAAGUGGUGCACUAGCCUUGCGCUGGCUUCUGCACAGGGUGAAUAUCACCAUUUUCUAUUGAGAAGCUUCUAAUAGUGCUGUAAAUUAUUUUUAUAAACUCAUAUACUUAACUGAAAGAUUUUUUUAUGCUUUAUACCAUAUAAAACAAUGUUUAUUUUUUUCUGGCCAGUUUAUUGCAGCAAAUAGAAUGUUUGCGUGAAGUGCUACUCCUUUUGAUGCACUCCCGAGUGAAGAAACGAUAGCUUAGCAAGACAUACAUUUUUAAGACCAGAAAAGGCCACUUUGAUCAUAAACCUUUGCGUCAUUUAUUUCAGUCUUUUGAUUUUUGAGUAGUAUGUUAGAUAUUUUCAGAAAAAUGUAGGGCUUUUUCCCCAGUGCAUAUCAAACAAAUAAGGACAAGUUUUUAAAAUGUAAGGAAUGGAAAAUUAAGGGCCUACUUUUCACUAACAUUAGGAGCAUUUGUGUUCCUAAUGCUCUAGAUGUCACAUAUUUAAGACUUCAGAAAAUACAGUAAGUAGAGUUUCACACUAGGUAGGCCCUCGAACUCAAACAUUUAAGCACACGGGGAACUACUUAUAUGCGUCAUCUCCCUGAAGACAGACAUUUAAGUAUAUGAAUAAGUUCCAUGUGUACUCAAGCAUUUGCAGAACUGGACUAUAGAUUAUAAAUCCUUCUUUACUAAUUAAUGUGCUAAAUAAUGAUUUUUGGUGUAUAUUUUCAAAGCUGCUGAUUUUUAUAUUUUAAACAAGAUAACUGAACUGUGAAAACAUUAGUACUUUCUCCAGAUUUUUCUCUCCAAUAUUAUUUUUACUGUGGGUCUAUGCAUGGUCAAAGAGGCAUAUAAUUUACGAAGACAUCAUAUAAGGCUACGUUAAAGGCCAAAACAAAGUCCUUUGAAUUCAUAUCAAAUUAAAUGUACAUUUUAUUAUGAAAUCUUUGGAAAUAUACUAGAAAAUGUAAUAAAUUAAACUAUUUAUAUUCCA